AUGUCGCUUCCAAACUAUUUUUAUUGCCAAUUAUGCUCUAAAUCAAAGCCUCAUUGCACCUUUCGUAAACUAUUUAAGCACAUACAAUAUAUUCAUCUUGGCGAACCAAACGUUAAAAUUCGAUGUGAGCUUGGGAUGACUUGUGGAACAACAUAUUCAUCUUUUAGUGGUUAUAAAGCCCAUAUUUAUAGGGAACAUACUAUUCUUCUUAAUGUAGAAUCACGUAAACAAGAAGUCCAAAGUUAUACUGAUGCUGCCAAUGAUGAAACAUUAGAUGAUAUAUGUGUGGAUUUCGAUAUGGAAAGAAACCACAAAACCGAAGAAGAGUUGAGCGAGAAUGAAUCACAAAUUAACUGUGAGAGUUUUAUUAAUUGGCCACUAUUUAAUGAAAACCUGAAUAAAUGUUCGAAUGACAUAAUCAAUCUAGAGUUUUUCGAAAGAUUUUACGUACGUUUUCUACUGCAACUGAGAGAAGGUCAUUCAUUACCACAAAAUAUAAUUCAAUCAAUUACUUGUGGUAUGUUAUCUUUAAUCGAGUUCAUUCAUGACCUGAUAAAAAAGGAAAUAAAACCAUUAUUGGACGAAAGUUCAAGAACAACUGUUGCUCCACCAUCAAAUGAUGUCAUAUUAUUAACCGAUGUAAACCACAUUUUUUCAAGCAUUGGAGAAAAAAUAGUAAAGGCUACUAAUGGAGAGUACAAUUUUUUAAAGCUAUGCCAAAAGUAUUAUUCAUAUGAACCACCCAAACCUAUACAACUUGAAGGACAAAGUGAUGUAGCAUUUUAUAUUCCAAUAAAAUCUAGUAUCCAACAAAUGUUAAAGAAACCUGAUGUCACGGAAAUGCUGUUAAAAAAUUUAAAUAGAAUUAACAAUCAACAUACUGCUGACCCUGAUUUAAUGUUCAAUUACCGACAUGGAUCAGAAUCGAAACAACAUCCAGUUUUAAGCCAUAAUCUUGAUUCAUUAUUAAUUAAUUUAUACACUGAUGAUAUAGGUUUGACAAAUCCACUUGGUGCAAAAAAAGAUGAACAAAAAAUUACUAUGGUGUAUUUUCAGCUUGAGGACUUGCCAGACACUGUUCGAUCAACGCUGAAAUCAAUUGGACUUGUGGCUAUGUGCCAUUCAGAGUAUCUGUCUAUACCAGAAAAUAAAAAUAAAAAUUUUGAAAUUAUAAUCGAAGACCUGAACAAUUUACAAACAAAUGGUUUGUUAAUACCAACUUUAAACCGGCAAUUUAAUUUUGCCUUUAGUGUUUUAUCUGGAGAUCACUUGGCUAACAACUUCAUGGGUGGUUUUCAAAAGAAUUUUAACAGUGGCCAAUGUUGUAGAAUUUGCCAUUUUUCUUAUGAUGAAAAAUGA